AUGAUGACAAGAAAUUCGCUGUCGCAUUGGAUGUGUCGCACUUUCAGACCAGAGGAGCUGAAGGUGCAAUUGGAAGGACGUGAUCUCACCAUUGAAGGCCACCAAGAAGUGAAGACCGAACAUGGCUACAUCAAAAAGAAUUUCGUCCACAGAUGGGCUCUUCCUGAAGAUUGUGAUCUGGAUGCCGUACACACACAGAUCGACAACAACGGACAACUCUCCGUGGAAGCUCCGAAAACUGGCCAACACACCAACAAGAGGGUCAUUCCAAUCAUGCCUGCCCUCAAGAAGAAGUAA